AUGCAAGAUCCGGUGCUAAAGUUUGCCCGUACAAUAUUUCAAUUACUCCUCGUUUUUCACAGUGUCUCCUCGUUGAACAAAACCGUUUUGGUUACUUCUCGCCUAAUCAGACCCGACCCGGUUUAUGUGAGCGACAAUUUCGACGCAGAGCUGAGAAAGGUGUCAGCGGUGUCGCUUCGUCGUGUCAACACCUCGUUAGACACAUCGAGGUUUCUCCUCUUUUCCACCGAUGUCACCUAUCGCAUUGACUACGCAGAAGUUCCCACGUGGAUCACGAUCGCUUUCAAAAGCACGGCCACGGUGGCGCUAGAGAAAUUUCGCUGGGAUCGACCAACGAAAGUGUGCGAGUAUCAAUUGAUCGUCGGAUCGCCGGCAGGCAUCGAUAAACACCCUGAGCGAAAAAUUAUCAUUUUUCGCAUUCAUGUUCCGCCCGGUUGUCAGCCGAGUUUUGCUUUGAUAACCACUCACGAAGAGGAGGGAAAGAGUUAUCCGUACGAUUGGAAUGUGCCUCAAGAAGUGUGCGAUGGGCAAGUGUUCGUCACCUCUUACGGAUACGAGAAUCCCCAUAUGGGCAUCGUUAAUGUCGUUCAGAAUACCGGAACUGAAGGCUACAACAUGACACGAAACUUUUACUGCAGGAAAUAUCCGGUUGUAUUCGAUGUCGAGGUCUUUUUCGUUGGAAACGGAAUGCUGACAUUGAUGAUCUUGGGCUCAAAAAGUCUUGGUGAUUUCAAUAUGAGUGUGAUUGAUGACAAUUGGCCGUACCGAGUGGGCGACGCGAAAGAAGUCGGGAUUUUCUGGCAGCAAGACGGAGCCAAGAUAAAGACGAGGGGACUCUUUGUGAAAGUGAAUGUGGCAAAAGCCGGCGUUAGUGCCACAUCAAAAGAAACCAGCUCGCCAAUGCUUUUCAAGUGUGGUACCGUUGUUUGUAAUGAGUGUUGGAAAGAAGAGAUGGCUCGUGGGAAAGCUUUGUGGAAGCAUCGAUGCUCGAUAGCCGACAAAUAUUCCGUUGAUUCACUCGAACGGCAACCGUUUCGCUUAUGGUGUAAUCAUAUGGUUUGCAAUGGAUGUUUCGAGAAAACGUCAACGCAAGUCGCAGGUCCAAAUGGAACGCGGUGCACAUAUAAAUGCCCGAUAUGCCAAAAAGCUGAUCCAUAUUUGUUGUCUUCUGGGAAUUUGGAGAAUUGCAUGAAAGUUUUCCUUCAAGAACUACCGACAUUGACGGAACAACUGAAAGAGCAACAGACUAGACAAUCAACUCAGCUUCAGCGGUCUGAAACUUGCGCUGAAUGCGACGAAAGUUUUACGCUCAAACAGAUGUUCGAAUGUGAUGAUUGCAAGAAAAGAAUUUGUGGUGCAUGUUGUUAUCGUCGACAUCGAACUCACAAAGUGGUGGAUCUGCUAGAAGAAGAGAGAAGCAAAAUGCUCCAAGAAACAAAGAAAUCACUUGACAUCCAAAUUAAUGCUUAUGAAAAGAUCUUCCGACAUUUUCAUCAAAAGUUAAUCGAAGAGGUUCAACAAUUGGGACAAAACCUUUUGAAUGAUGUGGCUAAAUUGGACAACGAAACGUUCAAUGUUAUUGCUGUGAAAACAAAAGAACUCAGAAAACUUGGUGAACAAUUCGAGACUUUUUCAGAGGACUACUUGCCGCAUUUGAGAAAAUUCGACACACAAGUUUCGAAGCUGCUAAAAUCGACACUCCCAAAAACAUCGAUCCCGAAAGUACCAAAAGAACCUUUUGCUUUCCUUCGGCCGAAGAAAGUUCCCGAAGAAAACAAUCGCUAUCCACGGCUCUCACAAGGUGUACAAAUAUCUCCCAAUACCACUGUUUACCCUUCACCUUAUUAUAACAUGUCGAUGCCGUAUUUGAGAGAAACCCCGCAACCACAUGGAAGUCCAUUCACAAACAUCAUUGAAGCAGGACUUGUUCAUUUUGGG